AUGCCUCGUCGCCAUUCUUUGUCGUCGUUCACUAUGACGACUCACACACACAAGCACAUUCCCACAUCGGCCACAUCACACCCUGACAAUCCGAUACCCACUGAGCCCGUCUCCAUUCCACAAGGCAGCAUGUCGCCAUCUAAGCGAUCCGUACACUCACAAUCGCAAUCGCCACGCUCAUCGGGCGACUCGCUGGGCGAGUCAAUGGCUUGGUCCGAGGGAUAUCUUGAAUCUGGCAUCUCGACGCCCUCAACCGAGUUGUACGACCAGUUCGAGGACAUGACACCCAAGGAUAAGAAGAGUCCAAUCGAAAAAGAGGUCACCAAGCGCCGCGCUUCGACACAUCUGAUCACAUCGUCGGCCGACGACAUUCGCAAGCUGCUCGGAACUGGCGAGACGGGUACCAAGUUCCUACAAAACUACUGCUGUGGAGCGGCUGCGAACUGCUGUAAGAUCAAAACUCUACCUCCGGACACAACCCGCCCUGGUUUCAUCCCCGUCGUACUACCCGACAGUGACGCCUUUCGGGGGUUAAACCUCAAGAUCAAUGCCUUGACUCUCGACACUGGUCUUAGCGAUCUCGUGGAACUUCCCAAGCCCAAAUACUCACUGGAAUCUGUCUCGAAGGACGAGGCCAGUAGUCAUCAAAGCACGGUUGACGUCCACCCGCCUACCUUUGUUCAGCCCCACCCUCCUUACGAUGUCUAUUCUGCACCUGUAUUCCACGCCCGCCAGCUUACCAAUGAAGGCGCCGAAAAGCGCACCGUCCACUUUGAUAUCGACAUCACCGAUUACCCCAAGGAAGGCGAUAUUGACUUUAAGGUCGGUGGUGCCGUUGGUAUCUGUCCUCCCAAUGACGCAUCCGUCGUCGACACCAUUUUCAACAGGAUUGGUACACCCAAAUUUGUCCGCGACAAGCCUGUGGUGCUCAAGACUGAGGGAGGACGAUGGCCUACAAUCUGGGGAGAUGAGAAGCCUCGCGAGCUGCUUACCACACGCAGAGAGCUUCUGACAUGGUGCGUGGACAUUGCAUCUUCCCCACCGACCAAGCAACUCUUCCGUGUUCUGGCCGAAUAUGCAGAUGCGAAGAACGAGCGCAAGAUCCUCGAAUACAUGGCUAGUGCUCAAGGUCAAGGCGCUUUCUGCGACCUUCGCGUUGGACCCAACAUCACACUGCUACAGCUUCUGGAGGCCUUCCCUUCAUCCAGACCUCCUUUCGAGAUGCUACUCAGUUGUCUCAAUCAGCUUAUGCCUCGAUUCUAUUCCCUCUCCAAUGAUCCUCACGUUUCUUCAGACAGAGAAGGACUCGCCGGACGACGCAUCAUCGAAAUUGCAGUCACGGUCCACGAAAACCCAAACUGGGAUGGAAAGAUGAGGACUGGAGUUGGUUCUGGAUACCUCGAGCGCGUUGCUCGCCAUUUCAUCGACGCUGAGAAGAAGGCGAAGCAGUCGGGCGGCGAAGUCGAGAUGCCAAGCGUGCGCAUACCAAUGUUCCGUGGAUUGAUGGCCAACCCUCUCUCAAAGAAGUUCGAUUCGGACGGCCCAAUGAUCAUGAUUGGUGCUGGUGUGGGCAUGGCCCCCUUCCGUGGCUUCAUCCUCAAUCGUCUACGCAAUUCGAAGUGUGCCAACAAGAUUUGGCUGAUCCAGGGUGUACGAGACUCGACCUUGGAUGAGAUCUACUCUGGAGAGCUGGGCGACCACGAACAGCAAAUCAAGAAGGUUGUCCAAUCUCGCGCCAAGCCUCCUCCAGUUGACCAAUCGGACGCUGGGGUUAUUGAAAUUCAACCCAAGAAGGGUGGUGAAGUAACUGGCAAAGUCGUAUCAGAGUCUCAAGCAAACAAGGCGGCCAAGUACGUUCAGGACGAAGUACGUCUACAGGCAGACAUUGUCUGGUUUGUCAUCAAUGCUCUCGAUGGUCGUAUCUUCGUCUGUGGAAGCUCAAGAGGCAUGGGCGAAGGUGUAGAGGAAGCUCUCAUCGACGUAGCCAUGGACAAGGGCAAUCUCAACUUCGAAGAGGCCAAGGAUUUCUGGGCACAGAAGAGGGAUGACGGUCAAUACGUUGCAGAAACCUGGUGA